CCGUCCACCAGUUUAAGCAACAUGUAUUAGCACAUACAAAUAUCAGCAUGUCACGGCUGGGGAUCUAGAUAAGCGACCAUUGCCUUUUGGUCAAGGGUCCUGGCCGGCCCAUCCGGAGGGAUCCCCCUGACGGGUUACCCAUUCGCGCGAACCUGUGACCAGAACCUCAUUAGAUCCCGUGAUAAUAUCCACCGUAAGAAAUGGUCCGUGACCGCGCGCAAGUGUGUCCAUCUCCCGUGGUCCCCCGGCCCAUCACGGCUACCACACUAGCGGAGAGUAAUGCAAGGUCCGACCAAAUAGAGCAAGGGCCAAGUCUCGAAUAGGUAGGCUGGGCAGCCGCCCAUAGGAGGUGAUCAGCGGCACGCAUUUUGUUCCGAGUCGAGUCAGAUGCAUCGUGACCGCCUGGGUAUUCACGGACGUCAAAGAGAGGGCUCCCCGGCGGCCGGUGCUUUCGAGCGGUCUAGGCUUUCUUCAGCCGCCUUUUUGAGCCUAUGUGUUGCUCUACUGUUUUCAAGGGUUCUUGUGGCUAGUCCCAUCCCUAGGCCUGCCAGCCUGACGCGGUUUGGAAUUCGCCGAAAUGUGUCAUCUGUGCCUGGAAUUAGUAGCACUGCCCUGUGGUUGACGUGGACGGCGCCGACAAGGAUUCACAUGGCAAGCGCAAAUUCGCUGUCUUGUCGCACUCGGCACACUAGUAUUGAGACGUUUGGCAAAGGCGAUGUCGGCAUUUGCUGGCCAGGGGUCGGUGCCACGGUUGGGCUGGCCUGCGUGCCGCUCAUGGGCUGGUUUGACAAGAACAGUGUUGAUGCAACCAAUUGCCACUCGGAAGAUUCCCAACACUGGAACACACUCCUUAGCCCUGCAAUGAUGCAUUCGAAGGCAUUGGAUUGUCCAUCGGCCAUUUGACGAGGACAUG